AGCAGUCACGAGCAGAGUUUUUCAGUGGAGGAGUUUACUUUUUAUUUGCGCGCUUAGUAAAGUGUUUCUUCUAGAGAUGGACGAAGAAAACAACCUAGAGAGUCCAGAAGAGGACAUUGAAUUUUUGGAGGAUGAUUUUGUAGAAGUGGUAGACUUGGAUGACGAGGGUGAAGCUGCAGAAGAUGGACUUGCUAUUGGAAUGGAAGACAUUGGAGUCAGUGAAGAAGUAGACAAUCAAGAAGAUGAAAAUGGUGCCAUAAGUGAAGACGACGAUGCAGACUUAUGCUAUGAAAAACAUACUGCCUCCAUUUUCUCAGUGUCAAUUGACCCAGUAAACAAUUCCAUGGCAGUUUCUGGAGGAGAAGAUGACAAGGCGUAUGUUUGGCGAAUACAAGAUGGAGAGACUCUCAUGGAAUGCCGUGGUCACAAGGACUCAGUGACGUGUACAGCUUUCAGCCAUGAUUCUAAACUUGUUGCUACUGGUGAUAUGAGUGGCUUGAUCACAGUUUGGGAUGUCGCUACGCAAAAAGAAGUCUGGAAUUUUGAGACGACAGACCUAGAGUGGUUAGAGUGGCAUAAUGAAGCAAAUAUAUUACUAGCUGGUACAGCAGAUGGUAAUGUAUGGAUGUGGAGGAUUCCCAGUGGAGACUGUAAAACAUUCCAAAGUCAUGGCUGCCGAUCAACUUGUGGAGUAUUCAUGAAUGACGGUAAAAGAGCCAGUGUUGGAUAUGAAGAUGGCACCCUUAAAGUUUGGGAUUUGAGGCAAGGGAUGCACACUUUUCAUCUAUCAGAUGGCACGUCUCACCAAGGCUCAAUCACCUGCGUAGAUGCACACAGAGACAAUGUACUUGUAGCAACAGGAUCAGAAGACUCGACAGUUAAAGUAGUGAAUACCAACAGUGGCAAGGUACUGAGUACAUUAGCAGCAGGUUUUCAAUCUGAUGAUAGCGAUUCACCACCUUCCAUUGAAGCUGUUGGAUUCUCUCCUCAGCAACCCAUGCUGGCAACUGCAUCCUUGAGUGGCGUCCUUGGUAUAUGGGAUCUCUCGUCAUACAGACUUCGCCAACAGUGUAAACAUCCUGGUGGGGUAGUGCAAUUGAAGUGGGAUCAUUCAACACCUCUUGUCUACACUGGAUGUCUGGAUGGUGUGGUCAGACUUUGGGACAGUCGUUCAGGAAGCUGUGAGAGAGAAUGGCGUGGCCACAAUGGAGAAAUCCUAGAUCUUGCUGUGUCAAGAGAUGGUAGCUUUCUAGUGACAGGAUCAGGGGACAGUACAGCAAGAGUAUUUACAGUGCAAACACCCGGAAGAUGACAAUAAAAAACAACACUAAAGAUGUCUUAAAAUACUAUUUAGCACAUAAUGAUUCCCUUCCCAGUACAAAGUUCUCGACCCUUGCAUAGCACUGCCGCCUUCAUACUCUAAUGUUGGAAGAGACCUUGCCUUGGACUGGUUACAAACCCUGGAUUACUUUUUAGUCGAGGUUUUCGCAAGUACAGUUGAUGAAAGCCACGUUAUGAGCCGGUGUUCACAUCGCUGAAAUCGAUAAAAUUUUAACAGAAGUUAAGACGUAAUCCGAUAGAAAAUCGAGCAAUUUCAGGUUUUAGUGGACAAAAAUC